AUGGUGGCCUCACCAAACUCAUCGCUUGCGGGCUCUCUGCUGCUCACUGCGGCCAACAUCCUCGUCCCGCUGUCGAUUCUCGUCUUUGCCACUGGUUUCUUUCCGUACAAGCCCUUUCUUUCUGGGUUGGCCGAAUAUGAGCCUCUCGAAUAUGGACCUCCGCCCAAGGCCCCCUUUGAUAGACUUCUGCUUGCUUCACUCUCUCAUGCCAGAGUCCCGUAUAGCCUCAUCCGCGAAGGCGGCGCCAUUCCCUUCACGGCCAAUGCUCGGUCUCCGACAGUGACGAUGCCUCGGAUCAAGGCCAUCACCACGGGAUCUAUCCCCUCCUUUGUCGACCUUAUCCUCAACUUUGACGAAGCCGACACCUCUUCCACAUUGGCCGCCCAAGACACCUGGCUGUCCCAGCUCAAGGCCAAAGACACAGGCAAGCUUCUCAUGUACGGCGAUGAUACGUGGCUCAAGCUGUUUCCCGAGACGUUUGACCGUCACGACGGGACCUCUAGCUUCUUCGUCGCAGACUUCACAGAGGUGGACAACAAUGUCACCAGGCACAUCCAUCAUGAGCUCGAACAGGACGAUUGGAGCUUGAUGGUCCUCCAUUAUCUUGGCCUCGAUCACAUUGGUCAUAAAUCGGGGCCACGAAGCACGCACAUGCCCGCCAAGCAGCGUGAAAUGGAUGGCAUCGUCCACCAACUGUAUGAAGCCCUAGAAACCAAGAGUCACCUGAAGUCAACGCUGCUUGUGCUCUGCGGUGAUCACGGCAUGAACGAUGCAGGAAACCACGGGGCGUCGUCCCCCGGAGAAACGUCACCCGCCUUGGUCUUCCUGGCGCCCAAGCUCAAGGAGAUAUCGUCUGGAUACGCAGCCCCUGAGCGGCCCAAGAACGAGUACGACUACUAUUCCAUGGUUGAGCAGUCCGAUAUCUCGCCGACUCUCGCAGCGCUCUUGGGAUUUCCCAUCUCAAAGAACAACCUGGGAGCUUUCAUCCCGGAAUUCCUGCCCUUCUGGCCUAGCUCGAGCGACAAGGUGCAGAUUCUCAUUCGCAACGCUAGACAGAUCCUCAACGUCGUCACGGCAGCCUUUGGAGGGGAGCUGUUUGACGCUCAGGCUACUGUCGACCCGUGCGCUUCCAGGGCCACGGAUGUUGAAGAACUGGCCUGUGAAUGGCGAAGGAUCAGUCUAGAGGCGGCUUCACAGGCGAAUGCCGCAGCGGUUGAUCAGGCGUGGCUGUCAGCUACGUCUGCUUGGAUUCGCAAGGCCCAAGAACUGAUGAGCAGCAUGGCAUCCAACUAUGACAUGUCGAGACUUGCCCUCGGCCAGGGCUUGGCUGUUGCUGCCCUCGUUGCGAGCCUUGUCGUUUUGGGCUUGCAAGGUUUCCGGCAGACAGGGUUUCCGAUGCCGCUUUUUCUGCUUGCGGCGUCCUAUGGGCCCAUGAUGUUUGCCAGCAGCUAUGUGGAAGAGGAGCAACAUUUCUGGUACUGGACAUGCACUCUAUGGCUGGCAUAUCUCAGCAUUCGAGAGGUUGCAAAAACCUCGCGCCUCUCCUCCAUCGCAAGCCAUGUAUUGUCCUUGGCUGCUCUCAGGCUCACCCGAAGCUGGAACCAAACCGGCCAGAAGUUUGCUGGCGAGCCGGACACUGUCAAAACAUUCCUCAACCCCAACCCCGAGCUUCUAUGGGUGCUCGUCACCUUGGCGUAUGUUGUGGUGACUUUCCAGACACUGCAGAGCCUGUCUGGCAUGCCGUAUAUCCUGGCCACCUCCUUGGCGCCGGCCCUCUUCUUGGCGACCUUUACCUUUAAGCUGGCGUUUACUGCCGAGGAUGCUCCCGAGCUGGUUGUGGGAUUUGCUCGUGACCUACUCGAUACUUUCCAGGGCCCGACCCUCAUACUGCGAGCAAGGAUAGUCUUUGGGCUGCUCGCAGCGCUGCUAGGAUUCGCCAUAUAUCGAGCAAAGGCUUGGGGGCCCCGAGCUGCUCAGUCUAACAAAACAACAGUCGAGCUCUCCCACCAUUUGUGCACUCUCCUCGCCAUGACUCAAUCGCGUGCCACCAACAUCCCCCUCUUCCUCCUCUCCAGCCUCAUUCUGCAGGCCCUUGAAUCUGCCGACCUCUCCAUUGCCGAAAUCACCACGUCCUGCAUCAUCCUCCAGUACACGACCUUUUUCGCGUUUGGCGGCUCCAACGCAAUCUCCUCCGUCGACCUCUCGAGCGCCUACAACGGCAUCAGCGGCUUCAACGUCGUCGCCGUCGGCGCCCUGACCCUCGUCAGCAACUGGGCCGGCCCCAUUUUCUGGACGUCGGCGACGAACCUGCUCCUCCUGCAAAACCGCCGACAGCGAUGGACGACCGGGGCGUUUCGCAGCCACGUCGUCCUGCUGACCGUCUUUGCGUCGACGAGCGUGGCGUUUGUGAUGGCGGCGUGCACGGCGCUGAGGACGCACUUGUUCAUCUGGACCGUCUUUUCGCCCAAGUAUCUGUAUGCCAUGGCGUGGAGUCUUGGACAGCAUCUGCUAAUCAAUGUUGCCUUUGGGGGCUUUUUGUAUUGGGUGGGCACUUGA